GCGGAGGAAUAAUCGUGAGUAGCAAUCUCUCGAUAUUAAACGCGCCGGAGGAGCGAACUCGACGAACCCAAUUAGGCUUUAAUCUCAAAGUUACAACUGCCCUAAUUCUUCCGCCGGAUUCUCACUGAAAGUUUUGUUCGCCGAUCAAUUUUAUGUCAGGAUUCCGACAUCAACUAGUCUUCCUCCUCCUGCUUCUACUCUCCGUCUCCUUGUCGCCGGUUAGGUGUUUAGGUAGUGAGGAGAGAACAUUGGCUAUGAUUAAGCCAGAUGGAGUCUCUGGUAACUACAGCGACGAUAUCAAAAGGAUUAUAGUGGAGGCUAGUUUCAAUAUCGUCACGGAGAUGCUUACUCAGCUGGACAAGGACACAGCUUCUGCGUUUUACCACGAGCACUCAUCAAGGAGCUUUUUUCACGAUCUUGUUACCUACAUGACUGGUCCGGUGUUGGUGAUGGUAUUAGAGAAGCCAAACGCUGUUUCUCAUUGGCGUGGUAUGAUCGGGCCAACAGAUGCCCAAAAGGCUAAGAUAUCUCACCCUCACAGCAUCAGAGCAUUAUGUGGUAAGGACUCACAAAGAAAUUGUGUGCAUGGCUCGGAUUCAACAUCAUCAGCUGAACGAGAGAUCAACUUUUUCUUCAAGGAUGUAGUUCCAGGUGACAUUGCUUCACAGCAUGACGAACUAUAAGAGAGACCAAUACAGGUUCUUUAACCCCCAUUGUCUGUUGUAAUCUUGUAACUGUUGGUUUUAUCAGUCUAUGAUUUGGAUUUGGAUCUAGCAAAUGAUUAAGACUAGUGAAAAUAUCCAUAUAAUUCAUAAUUGUAUCAAAUUUUUUUGGAAAGAGGGCUAUCAUUUCACCCAA